AUUUAUAUAAAUAAAAAAAAUCACACUCGCUAUCAUACAUGCAUUUUAAAAGAUUCCUUCCAUCUGAACCGAUCUUAUUAAGCUCAACUCAAUAGCUCCGGUCUCUGCUCACCUCAGCUCUUACGACGCCGGCGGAGAUGAAUUUGCGUUUUGCGGCGGUGGUAUGCUGUCUUUGGCUGUGUUCUGUCGUGUGUGUGGCUCAGAGCGGAUCUAGCAGUACUGACGAUGCGAUCUGGUCGCUGGAAAGUAAAUUGAUGGCGACAUCUAAUGCUUCACAGCUUCUCAUGGUGCCUCUCACUUUGAUUCAAGGAGCUGCCUCCAAAGGAGCUGUGUGUCUGGAUGGGACACUACCUGGUUACCAUCUCCACCGUGGUUUGGGAUCAGGUGCUAACCGCUGGCUCAUCCAACUCGAGGGAGGAGGAUGGUGCAACACGCGGAGGAGCUGUAUCUUCAGGAAAACCACACGCCGUGGCUCAUCAAACCACAUGGAGAAAGUCUUGGCCUUCACUGGAAUCUUAAGCAACAAAGCUAACGAGAACCCUGACUUCUUCAACUGGAACAGAGUCAAAUUGCGUUACUGUGAUGGCGCAUCUUUCACAGGCGAUAGUGAAGACCAGAGUUCACAACUAUACUAUAGAGGACAAAGAAUCUGGCAAGUGGCUAUGGAAGAACUGCUCUCUAAAGGCAUGCAGAAAGCAGAUCAGGCUCUGCUCUCUGGAUGUUCAGCUGGAGGAUUAGCUUCCAUCCUGCACUGUGAUCAGUUCAAGGCAGUCUUACCUGGUACUACGAAAGUCAAAUGCUUAAGUGAUGCUGGAAUGUUUAUGGAUGCAGUGGAUGUCUCUGGAGGCCACUCGCUGAGGAACAUGUUCCAAGGUGUUGUUACAGUACAGAAUCUCCAAAAGGAACUGUCCACUACUUGUACUAAGCAUUUGGAUCCAACUUCGUGUUUUUUUCCUCAGAACUUGGUUUCAGAGAUCAAGACUCCCAUGUUUCUUCUAAAUGCAGCUUACGACGCUUGGCAGGUACAAGAGAGCUUAGCUCCUCCAUCUGCUGACAGAACCGGCUCUUGGAAAGCAUGCAAAUCAGAUCACUCCCAUUGUAACUCAUCUCAAAUCCACUUCUUCCAAGACUUCAGGAGUCAAAUGGUGAAUGCUGUAAAGACUUUCUCGGCCUCGGCUCACAACGGUCUGUUCAUAAACUCAUGCUUCGCCCACUGCCAAUCCGAGAGACAGGACACUUGGUUUGCACCAGAUUCUCCUAAGCUUUAUGGCAAGACGGUAGCUGAAUCUGUUGGUGAUUGGUACUUUGACAGGAAAACAGUCAAGGCCAUUGACUGUCCUUACCCUUGUGACAAAACAUGUCACGAUCUCACCUUCUGAGUUUAACAACAACAUCCUCAAACUCAAACAGCUUCUUGAUUUUUUUUUUUUUUACAUAAUUUAUGAUGCUUAUCUUCUCCUUGUCGUUGUGUUUGUUAUCUGUGUUUGAGUAUAUGCAUUGGAUUUGAAAGCUGAAAGCUUGAAGGUGUAUACCAUUCUUUUAAAUAAAAGUUGGUGAAAGUUGCAUUACUAAGA